GUCGUCCGCCCACCAUGUCCGUCGCCGCCGCCGCCGCCAGCGCCAGCAGCGAUAGCGCCGACCACAACGCGAACCGCCCGACCUCGAUCGAUCUCUCGCUCGAACUCGAACGGCAGCUCGACUCGAUCGACUCGCCGCUCGCGACCCCGGCCCCGCUCCCCGCAACCGGGGCGGUGGGGAAAGGGCUCCGGAGCAGGCCGCAGUCGCUCGACCCGCACGUCCUCGCCUCGAUCGUGACGCAGCUGCGCGAUAGCCUCGCACAGGUGACCAAGGAGCGCGAUGACCUCGUCGGCCUGCUCGCGGAGAGCCACGCGAAGGAGGCCGGGCUGAAGGACGCGCUGGAGGGAGUGAUGGAGAAGUGCGAGCGGGCGGAGGAUGCGCUGCAUAACAUGAAGCUGCAGCAUCAGGAGGACGUGGACACGAUCACGACGCUGCGAUCGAAGGUGGACGAAAGCAGACGCGGGCUGAUGAAACUACAAGCCGAGAGCCGGCGCAUGAGCCAGUCAUCCAUGACGCUGGACCUCGCUCGCGCCAACGCGCCCCUCACCGGAGGCAAACGCCCGCCCUUCACGCCACUUACCGGAUCCGGACGUGUCGGUCCCGCCGGCGGCCGUGGGCACCGGCGCGGCGUCUCCAUGUCCGAGGGCGGCUUCUCCCCGCCACCGUCCGCCUUCCUGCCCGACGGGGCCGGCGCACAGAUCACGCAGAUCCCGCCGACGCCCGAGUCGCCCGCAGGCGGCUUUUUCUCGCGCUCGCCCGGUAAGGACCGUCGCGCGUCGGGCUUCUUUGGGCGCACGUCGCCCGUCAUGUUGCCCGGGAGGCUCUCGCCCGAUCACGCGGGCGGCUCGCAGUCGCCGCCGCCGAGCCGGCGCGAGCUCGAGGCGCUGAGGAGGGAGAUGAUGGCGCUUCGGACGGAGCUGGACGAGACGCGGGCCGAGCUGACGGAGUCGAACGAGGCGCGCGAGGCGAGCGAGACGUGCGUCAAGGCUCUCCGCGAGUACAUCGCGCAGAGCAACAUCGGAGAAGGCACGAGCGCGAGCGCGCCGUCGACGGCGCCGGUCCCGGUCCCUAUCAAGCGCGAGUCGUCGUCGUCGUCGAGCAGCGGAUCGGGCUGGGGAUUCCGGCUGUGGAGUGCAUCCGCCCCGACGGAGACAAGAUCGAUGCCGCCGCCGCCACCCCCGGCCCCGGCGGCGCCCGCACCGGUGCACGCGGCGAGCAAGUUUGGGAGCUUCUUUGCGAACCCACGGCGGUCGAGCUACGCGUCGUCGACGACCAGUUCACUGCGCGGCGCGCGCCCGGAGCCGCUGAUGGAGGACAACCGCGAGUCGGAUGAGGACGAGUCGACGGGGCCGGUCAGCCCCACGGGGGAGGAGGCCCCGCGGGCGAGCGUGACGAUCCAGGAGCAAGACGGUGCACGUGAGUCGUCGUAGCCCUUCAUACAAACGGAGGACGCAGUGCCGAUGAAACUUCUCUUCUUCUCGUGGCCACGCAGAGGAGGUCAUCGUCCCCGCGCAUUUAGAUCUACACGCAACCGAGCCUUCGAAGACGGCGGAGACGGUCGUCGCUACACCAACGCAGGCCUCCGUGACCGCUGCAUGAGGCCCUCGGCCUUUGACAAGGGCGUGCACCACGAAGGAAAGUCGGAUGCAUGAGUUCCUGCACCAGGAACGAUACCAUAUCAACUUAUAGACAGUCAGGACCGCGAUCGGCACACAUGAGUUUAGCGCCGACACUUUACCUCUCCGCGUUAUACGGCGGGGAGAACGACGAUCCAGUUUCAGUAUAUAUAUCCCCCAAUCCCUUCCUCACAGUCUCAUCUGUAUGUAUCGCUGGCAUGUUUCGUUCAUAUAUCC